AUGGCCUCAUCUGCUCGUUACUACGCCGAUCCUUCGGCAGCAACCAAGUUUGCUACGGAGCUCCUUGAGAAAUGCGGACUUUCCUCGGAAGAUGCCAAGUCCAUGGCAAAAUGCCUAGUAUUGGCAGACGUUCGUGGCGUAGACACUCACGGCCUAGCCCGACUACCUCAAUACUUGGACCGUGUUAGCAAUGGCCGCGUCAAUGCAAAGCCUAAUUUCAAGUUGACAGAAAAAACGCCCGUGGUCGCUCACCUAGAUGGCGACAACGGCUUCGGCUUUGUAGUCGCCACUCGGGCCAUGGAAGAAGCUGCGAAGCGUGCUGAGAUCUAUGGUAUCGGGAUGGUUACCGCAAACCACUCCAACCACUUCGGCAUGGCUGCCACAUAUGUUCUCCAGGCACUCGAAAAGGAUAUGAUUUCUUUGGUCUUUACCAACUCCGCCAAGCAGAUGCCUCCAUUCGGUGGCAAGGAGACGUUACUGGGAAUUUCGCCAUUCGCAGCCGGCGCCCCGUCAAACACCGAAGUCCCUUAUAUCCUGGACAUGGCUCCGUCAGUCGUGGCAAAGGGCAAGAUUCGAAAGGCUGCUCGUCGUGGUGAGUCUAUUCCUCUCGGGUGGGCCUUGGACGCAGAGGGAAACCCUACGACCGACGCGGAGGUCGCGUUGAAUGGCAGCAUGGCCCCGAUCGGUGGCCCGAAGGGCUCGGGUAUCGCGAUCCUCAUGGAUAUCAUGUCGGGUGUACUUGGUGGUGCAGCCUUCGGUGGUGAGGUCGGUGAUCAGUAUAAGGACACCAAACCCCAGGAUGUUGGUCAUUGCUUUAUCGCUAUCAAGCCCGAUGUCUUCCUCUCCACCGAUGACUUCAAGGCUCGCAUGGAUACUCUGGUCAAACGUGUGCACAGCGCGACUCCUGCUCCAGGCUUCGACGAGGUACUCUUCCCGGGUGAACCAGAGCACCGUCUUGGCGUUCAGCGCCAUCGGGAGGGUAUUCCAUAUGCAGAAGCUGAGAAAGAAAUGUUUGUUGACACUGCUAGGUCAUAUGGGAUCGCAGAGCUGGUACUUUCGGCUGCUCCGCUGUCUCUUAACUAA